UGUGUAAAAUAUGCAAAAUUAUUUCAAUGUGGUCCCCAUGGACCAGAUAACCAGUAUGUGUGUGUGUGUGUUGUUGCAGUGUGAGCUACGCAUGCCUGGUGGUGCUGCUGUGCGUGUUCAGAGCGUGCGGCGUGCAGGGCGAGGCCGAGGUCAUGGCCUUGUGUUUGGUGCUGGGCUGGAGCAACGUCAUGUUCUUCGCCCGCGGCUUUGAGAUGCUGGGCCCGUACGUCAUCAUGAUACAGAAGAUUAUAUUCGGAGAUCUGACCAAGUUCAUGUGGCUGAGCUUCAUAGUUCUGCUGGGCUUUUCAACCUCCCUGUGGAUGGUGUACAUGACCCAGGAUCCGGAGUCCCUCCCGGCGUAUCGCUCCUUCCCCAUCACGCUCUUCUCCCAGUUUGAGCUCAGCGUGGGCCUCAUCGACCUGCCGGUGGACCACUCCUUCGCCACGCCCCCCAUCGUCCACGUGCUGCACUGCGCCUUCUCCGUGGUGUCCUACAUCCUCCUGCUCAACCUGCUGAUCGCCAUGAUGAGCGACACCCACUGGCGGGUGGCCCAGGAGAGAGACGAGCUGUGGCGGACUCAGGUGGUGGCGACGACGCUGAUGCUGGAGAGGAGGCUGCCCCGCUGCCUUUGGCCCCGACUCGGAGUGUGCGGGCUCAGCUACGGUCUCAAAGAGCGCUGGUACCUCCGGGUGGAGGACAGGAACGAUCCCAUGAUGCAGAAGAUGCGGCGAUACAUCAAAGUGUUUUCCAGGGAGGAGGAAAAGGACCAGGAAGAGGCGCAGAAACCCGAGCCCAAGCCCAAGCCCAAGGUCAGACCCCAGAACAGGCGAUGCCUGUCGGGCUGGCAGAUGAUUCGUCAGAGCGCUUUGGGUUUGAAAAAGCAGCUGGAGGAGGACGAGCUGGAGGUCUUCUGAAAUAAUUUUCAUAGUUUUGGCAGUUGUUCUUGCAAUAUUACACCAUAGAAGAGUGCAGAUUUGUAUUUUUAUAGCAAUACAAAAUAUAAUCAUGUAGCAGAUGUUCAUGUAAGAUAAGCAGGAAUGAAAUGAAAGGUACGG